CCUGUUCAGUUACGUUGCCGUGGAGAAUCCACAUCCAGGUGCCGGAAUAUUAACCGGCUUCCCUUUCGGUACACGGCGCACGAGGGCGCCUUUCAAACGGAACUUCCCUAUACCUUAGGAUCGACUAACCCAUGUCCAACUGCUGUUCACAUGGAACCUUUCCCCACUUCAGUCCUCAAAGUUCUCAUUUGAGUAUUUGCUACUACCACCAAGAUCUGCACUAGAGGCCGUUCGACCCGGGAUCACUCCCAAGGCUUCGUCACGGACCUCCACGCCUGCCUACUCGUCGGGGCAUCGUUUCUACCCGACGGCGAGGUAUGGGUAGCACGCUUGAGCGCCAUCCAUUUUCAGGGCUAGUUCAUUCGGCCCGUGAGUUGUUACACACUCCUUAGCGGAUUCCGACUUCCAUGGCCACCGUCGGGCUGUCUAGAUGAACUAACACCUUUUGUGGUGUCUGAUGAGCGUGCAUUCCGGCACCUUAACCUCGCGUUCGGUUCAUCCCGCAUCGCCAGUUCUGCUUACCAAAAAUGGCCCAC